AUGCCCAAACAAUUGGUCCAGACGACCCCAGCGCACGCAAGACCCACACUUCUGCAGACGAUAAGAGAUGCGAUAGAGACCAAAUCAACGGCGUGGAUCCACCCCCAUCUCGAGCAAGGGGUCGACCCCUACAAGGGCCGGCAGCUGCGGGCGGCCCAGCCCAUCCCGCGCGGCGAGGUGGUGCUGGUCGAUACGCCCUACGCGGUGAUCCCCGCGGUCGAUGACCCCCGGACGAGCGAGGCGCUGCUGUGCAGUCACCCCCCGUGCAGUCGGCGGAUGGCGUGCCGUGCGGAACGUCUCGCGUGUCCGCAGGGCUGUCUGGGGGAUGUGAUGUGGUGCAGUGCCGCCUGUCAGGCCGCAGACCACGCCCGCCAUGCGUUCGAGUGCACCUGGCUCAAGCGGUUCGCUUUCUCCAUCCGCGAGAAGCGGGGCGAGUAUGAGUUCGGGAUGCUGUGGCUGAUUGUCCGGAUCCUCGCCGCGCGACACGUUGAACUGUCUGAGGACAGGAAGUCGACGACGACGACGACGACGGAUGAGCAGGUGGCUUCUGGCCCCGGGUUCGCCCAAGGCUGGCAGGCGAUGCGGUCCUUUUGCGGCUCGGAGGACUCGUGGUCGCAUGCGCAGGUGCGCGCGUGGACGGCGCUCGUCAAGAAGUACCUGCGCCAUGGGCCGGUGCUACCGCACCACCUGCCGGACAGGGAGGUGCUCAAGCUCAUCUGUCAGGAAGAGGCCAACUCGUUUGGCCUGUACCCGCGCGAGACGGGGCUGUACCCCGUGCCGCCGGAUGCCCUCGACCGGGGCGAGCAGUUCGGCGCGGCGGUGUAUCCUCGUGCGGCCAUCGCGAAUCACUCCUGCGGACCGAAUAUGACGCAUAAACCCGACCAGCACGGUCGGAUGAUCUUCACGGCGGCCAAGGAUAUCGCCGCUGGGGAAGAAUGCUGUAUCUCGUAUUUCGACCUGACACAAUUCACGGACCUCCAGACUCGACGAGAGCGUCUGCAGACCCUGUUUCGAUUUGAGGCCCGCGUGCUGUCCGCGGGGUCGCAGCAUCUGCACCGCAAGCUGCGGGGUAGAGAGGUGCAACUCCUCGCGGUGGGCGGCGCUAUCGGGACCUCCUUGUUUGUGCAGAUGGGCGCUGUACUGCCGAAAGGAGGAUCAGCAGGCCUGCUGCUGGGAUUUGCGGCAUACGGCACAAUUAUUCUCGCUGUGAAUCAAUGUUUUGCGGAAAUGGUGUGUUAUCUGCCCAUACCGUCGCCGUUUGUUCAGCUGGCAGGUCACUGGGUCGACGAUGCCCUAGGCUUUGCCAUGGGAUGGAACUUCUUCCUCACGAUGGCUCUGGGGAUUCCUUACGAAAUUGUCGCAAUCAAUGUACUUCUCACGUAUUGGACGGAUCGCAUACCGGUGGCGGCAGUCGUUGUCAUUGUCAUGGUGAUCUAUGGCAUCCUCAAUGUUUUGACCGUCCGAUACUUCGGAGUGGCUGAGUUCUACCUCUCCAUCUGCAAGAUUAUCUUGAUGAUAGGGUUGAUCUGCUACACCUUCGUAACCAUGGUCGGAGGGAAUCCUCAUCACGAUGCAUACGGCUUCCGCUACUGGAAGGACCCAGACGCCUUCGUCUCAUACCUCGCCGCCGGAAACACCGGUCGUUUCUGCGGCGUCCUCGCAUGCAUGAUCCAGGCGUCAUUCACCAUGGUCGGACCCGAAUACAUCUCAAUGACCGCCGCAGAGGCCGAGCGGCCACGGGUGGUGAUGCAUCGGGCCUUCACCUCCUUCGUCUGGCGCCUGAUGGUCUUCUUCAUCGCCGGCGCCUUAUGCAUGGGGAUCGUGCUGCCGUACAACGACCCGACCCUGGCCGCGACGAUCGCAGGCACACGCAAAGGGAGCGGAACCGGCGCAGCAUCCCCCUACGUAAUCUCCAUGAACAACCUCUCGAUCCCCGCCCUCCCCCACAUCGUCAACCUCCUCAUCCUAACCUCCGUCCUCUCCGCCGGCAACAACCUCGUCUACUCCGCCUCGCGCACGCUGCACGGGCUGGCCCUAACCCGCAAAGCCCCCGCCAUUCUGGGGCGAUGCACGGCCCGCGGCCUCCCGAUCUACGCGAUAGCCCUAACCAUGGCCUUCUGCUGCCUCGCCUUCCUCCAGGUGCAACACGCCUCCGCCACCGUCCUGAACUGGCUGGUCAGCGUCAUCACCGCAUCCUAUCUCCUGAAUUACCUGGGCACGUGUGUCACGUAUCUGCACUUCUAUGCUGCCUUAAAAGCGCAGGGCGUGGACCGGGCUACGCUCCCGUUCCGAGGGUAUCUCCAGCCGUAUGCGGGGUGGUUUGCUGUCUUCGGGACCGCGGUGAUGGUGUUGGUGCUGGGGUGGGAGGUGUUUUUGGACGGGCGGUGGAGUACCGAGACUUUUGUGUUGGAUUACGCGAUGAUUGCGGUGUUUGUGGGGUUGGGGGCUGGAUGGAAGGUGUUUAGGCGGACAGGGUGGGUGCGGCCCGAGAGGGCGGAUUUGGGGGUUGGCGGGUUACGGGCGGAGGUGGAUGAGUAUGAGCGGGCUAGAGUUGUAAUCAACCCCUCUCGUCAAUUGACCAUGGUUUGGCCCACCGUAACCACCCGGAGGUAG